AUGCCGACCUUAGAGGAAGUCGUCCACUUCCUCAUGACGCCGUCCUGGGCCGUCGUCAUCCUCGGCGCCCUCAUCGUCCUCGGCGCCCCCGUGCUGCUGCACGUCAUCCUCUCCCGCAGCGUCACCUACAUCGUGCCGCCCGUCGUGCUGCUCCUCGGCCCGUCCGGCAGCGGCAAGACGUCUCUGCAGACGCUCUUUGAGCGCGGCGGCACCAGCACCCCGCCCGCCACGCGCACCUCGCAGUCGUCGCAGUCGGUCGAGCUCAACGCGUCGACCGACGCCGCCAAGAAGAACACGUACCGCAACCACGACGAGUCCGACGGGACGUACACCAAGUUCCUGCUCGUCGACACCCCCGGCCACGGCAAGCUGCGCGGCACCGCCCUCGGCAAGCUGCGCCGCGCCGACAAGCUCCGCGCCGUGCUGUUCGUCGUCGACGCCGCGGCGCUCGGCGAGCCCGAGGCGCUGGCCCCGACCGCGCAGUACCUGUACGACGUGCUGCUGCUGCUGCAGAAGCGCGCCACGCGCAGCAAGGACCCCCGCAGCGUGCCGGUGCUCGUCGUCGCAAACAAGAUGGACCUGUUUACGGCGCUGCCCGCCGCCAUGGUCCGCUCCGUGCUCGAGGCCGAGCUGGCCCGCAUUCGGACCAGCCGCAGCAAGGGCCUGCUGGACUCGGGCGUCGGCGCUGACGAGCUCGGGGCCGAGGAGCAGGACGGCUGGCUGGGCGAGUACGGCUCCGACAAGUUUACGUUUGCGCAGAUGCAGGAGUUUGACAUUGAGGUCGAGGUGCUGCCCGGCAGCGUCACGAGCGUGGAGCCGGAUGCGGAUAAGUGGUGGUGGUGGAUUGCGCAGAGAGUAUGA